AUGGCGCGUUCUUUUAACAACCAAUUAAUUAAUGACGCAAUAGAAUUGCAGAAAUUAUUGAGCGCAGUAUAUUUAGAUGUUGUUUCAGGUAGCAUUUGCCGUAUUUCUCCUAUUUCAAUUCUCUGAAACUAUCCUUUGGAAUCCGUGUCCUUCAUUACGUUCUACAUUUCAAGAUAUUUAUAUCGACAGCCACGGUAGAAAACGACCGAACUGUGUUUGUAAAAAUGAUCUGUUUGGAGAGCAAUGCCAGUUUAAAGGUUAGAUCUUCAUUGACUUUUACUCUCGACUCUCGACUUUUACUCUCGACUCUCGACUUUUACUCUCGACUCUCGACCUUUACUCUCGACUCUCGACUCUAAAUACACUAUUAAUGAUAAUAUUUAUAUUAUGUAUUCUUUAACAGUUUAUGUUGCCUUUGAUGGAAAACAAAAUGGCGUUAAGAAGCACCAACCAGGUAGAUAUUUUUAAUGUAAGAUGAGAGGAAGGGAUAAGGGAAGAUAAUCAAGGUUGUCUUGCAUGGCAUGCUGAAAAUUAAAAUAAUUAAUGAACGUUCAAAUCCAGUGUAUGUAGUGAUACGAACUUUCCUACAUGAUACGACCACCAAAAAAUACAAAAGAACUCAAGCGGCCUUCGUGUGGACGAUAGUAGCGAACGCAGAACGUCUCAAAGACGAAAAUGAGGUCUUAUACUAGCUUAACAGAGGAAUUAUAUAGUCAAAGACAUGCAAUCAUAAUGACGGACUGUUAUUUCUAGUGAAUGGAGCAUGGUCCAUGUGGUCAGUGUGGUCCCAGUGUUCUGUGGCGUGUGACAAUGGUACACGAUCAAGGUUAAGGUCAUGUACAAGCCCUACUCCGAGGCAUGGGGGAGAAAUGUGUCAUGGGAUACGUCACAUGAACGAGAAAUGUAUUAACGAAGCUUGUAGUGAGAGUAAGUUAGUAUGCAUGCAUGUAUACAUAUUUACUUUUACGAUGAAAAAUCUCACUCCAUCUUCAACGUGUCGUUUUCGUUAAUUUGUGAAAUUUUCAGUUUCCGACAUUGCAACAUGGUCUCUUCUUGAAAAGUUAAAAAGUUUGGAAUUCACUUCAGUCGUCCUUGGAGCUGCUGCUGGUUUUACGACUUGUCUACUUAUUACUGCUUGUCCAUAUUUGCUCAAGAGGUAGUAUUACCUUGGGGCUGGUUGUUUCAUAGUUAAUAGAAGAGAUGGUUUGGAAACUCAUUAGAGUGACAAUAUAACUCAUUAUCUAUGUUAGUCAACGGUUAUUCAUAAAUCUGGUCGUUCACCGUCACGUGUGUAUUGUAUUUUUGCCUAACUGACCAAUAGCAAUGUCUUAGGAAAGUUUCCUAUCCGUGACUCGAACAAUAGGGUAAAUUGAAAAUUGCUAUUGGUGGAUUGGGCAAGAAAACAAUACACACUUGGUGAAGGACCAGAUUUAUGAAUAAACGUUGACUAAGGGACCGUUCAUUAUUUAUACCCGGGGUUGGUACCGAAGAGAAGCGAAAACAUGUAAAUUUUUUAUUUACCCAACCUCAACAUUGGUCAAAAUAAUGUUUACCCAACCCAUGUGUUACUGUACUUGAUAAUAGUUAUACACAUAAUAAUUAAACACAUGGUGACAGAAAUCAAGUUGCCUAAAUUCUAAAAGCUCACUCACACUCAAACUCACUGAGUGUGCCAAACAAAUCACGUUUCUGCUGAUCAAUGAUAGAGUCCUUCCUCUAUUAGUAUAUCACUGAUGGUCUAUUUUGGUACAGAAUGUAUUGUACACAUUUUUCUUCAUAUUUUCCAAUGCAUGGUAAUUUUGGUUUUAUUUUAUUUUAUAGCUGACAAACAGCCAUAAAUUUUUUUUACCCAACCCAUGAGCUAGUCAAAAACUUGAUUACCCAACCCAUAUCUCUUCGGUACCAACCCCGGGUAUAAAUAAUGAACGGUCCCUAACAUCGAUAAUGAGUUAUGUUGUUAUUCUAAUGAGUUUCCAAACCAUCUAUUCUAUUAACUAUGGUUGUUCAAACCUGGGUUAGCUUAACCCUCGGUUAACCUAAAAUUCAAAGCAAACUUCCUGACAGCUUGUCUAUAAAUUUGGAAAUAUUUCUUCAGAGAUCUUGUCUGGAUUGAUAGGAGUUUACUUCUCUGAAGUUUGGAAAUAAACAGACGUGCAGAAAUACACAAACUAAAACAGCAGGUUAAAUUUUAACCCAGAGUUAGCGCUAACCCAGCUUUGAAUAACCCGCCCUUGGUGUUUAAGAUGAUCAAUAGUUCAUAGCUGACAAAGUUUCCUUGCCGUUUAGGUGGGCAAGGAGUUUGAGAGAGAAAUAUCAAUCACGUCAAGACGAGAAGAUACCUAAACUACUCCCGUUUACCCAACAGCAAUCCCCAUUAAACCCACCAUUACCACCUCCUCUCCCUCCACCUCCCCCUGCAGUGAACUGGAGACCAGUCCCUGUUCUCGCUACUCCACGACACCCAGCUGCAUGGAGGCAACCUGCACAUCAGAAGGAAAUGGCCAAUAAUCUUUUCAUGGACGAGUUACUGAAAGCAUUCAAGACAUUUAAUUUCGAUGCAAACAAACAGUUUGGAAAAUCAUCUGAUAAACCACCGUAG